UUGGCUCUCGUAUUCAAAAAUUGAAAUAACAACAACGGCAACAUUGGAUUUAAAACGCAAAUAUUAUUAUGAUUACUAAUACUAAUAAUGACAAAGACAAUAUAUAGCUCCGACUUCAUCACCCUUCUUCCAAUCAUGCAUUGGAACCCAUGGAAGCUCUGUGGAAUUUGGAAGACAAAUGGAAGCUCUCAACCCAACAAGCCUUCGUUCUCUUAACGUGCACGGUGGCCGCCGUCAUUGGGCUCUGUGCGGCCGCGUGGGCCAAGAAGAGAAAGGGGGAGAAGAAAGCCCACCCACGACGGACAGAUCAGAGGUGGUGGAAAUGGCCGGCAACGGAAAGUAGGCGGAAGGGGAGCGGCGGCGGAGAGACACCGGUGCGGCUUUUGGGCAGAGAAGAGGAAGGGGAAGAAUUGGGAAGCCGGAAUUCGACGGCAGCGGUGUGGCAACGGCCGAUAUUAAUGGGGGAAAAGUGUGAGAUGCUGAAGUACAGUGGGCUUAUUCUGUAUGACGAAAGGGGAAGAUUGCUGCAGGAACAAAUUGCCGCCAUGGAAAAUGGUUACAAGGUGCUGCUCCGAAGGAGAAGUCAUAAAAGUAAAGACAAGGUUGAAGGAUCUACUUUGAUGCUCUUUCUCUAUGAUGGGAAUUUUAAGAAAAGAGGUGUAUAAAUUAUACAAAGGGGUGAGCUUUUCCAAUGUAAUAUUCCUUUCUUCUUUUUGAUAGAUUAUCUCCUAAUAACUUUUCUUUCUUUUCUCUUUUUACACAUUAUCCACUUCUCUUGCUUUCAUUUUCUUUUGUGAUCUUUAGACAAUUAUCAAGUAUGAUGUAAAAUGGAACAAAAGUAGCAGCUGAAUAAGUUCGAAACAAGUGCAAGAUGUAUCUAUCGACAUAUAGCCGAACUUAGCCAGGUUCUUAUUUGAUACAAGAUUCUUCAAAUCCAAACAGUUCGUAGCAAAAUCAGAGAGAGAGAGAGAGCGAGAGAGAGUGGAGCAGCAGAGCAUUGGAACAAAGCUUUUAAAUCACAAGGCUAAAAAAUAUUACAACAUUCUUCA